UUGCGCAGCCUCUCCCAAGCUGCCUCGCUGCAGCGCAUAGCUCCCGAACCCAACCUCCGAGCUCCCGAUCACACAGUCGACGGCACCAUGAUACCCAGGACAGCGACCCGCCGCCUCGCGCGGGAGCUCUCCUCCCCGCGCCGCGCCCUCCUCCGUCCCUUGACCACAUCGCGACCGUCCCUCCUCCGAGCUCAACAACCACCACCACCGCCGCCUCCUCCGCCGGGGAGCAUCCCCCAAUCGCAACAAGCAGCCGCCUCCGCCGCCCUCCAGAACCUCUCCCACCUCACCCCCUCGCAAAUAACGGCCCUCCUCACCGCGGCGCCCGGCAACCCACACCAACAACACCAACAACCCCCGACAAAACCCCCCUUCCUCUCCCCACGCGUCCGCCGCGCCCUCUGGGCCCUCCUCUUCUUCGCCAUCGGCUACAAGCUCACGGACGACCAGAUCGCCUCCAUCCGCUUCUUCAUGCCCUUCCUGAUCGACCCGGAGAUCUUCCCCAACGGGCCCGACGAGGCCGAGGAGGCCGCCUACUUCCGCGCCGCCGCCACCGCCGAGGUCCUGCAGGCGACGCCCCUGCUCGCGAGCAUGAUGCCCUCGGCGACGUCCACCCCGGACGGCCGGUUCAAGCUCCGCGAGACGAGCUGGGAGAUGUGGGAGCCCUACGCCGACUUCCCCGAGCACCGCAAAAAGUCCCACCUCGUCGCGGGCUCCCUGAACACCCCCAACGCCAUGGGCGCCGUGCACGUCGUCUUCCGCCACCGCCUCACCGGCGAGCUCGUCGUCGCCGUCGUCUUCGGCUACGGCACCACGGGAUGGCCGGGUGUCGUGCACGGCGGCAUGCUGAGCACCGUCAUGGACGAGGCCAUGGGCCGCCUCGCGGCGCUGAGUUUUCCCGCCAACACGGCCGUCACGGCGAACCUGCAGAUGGACUUCCAGGUCCCCGUCACGCCGGGCUUGCCGUACAUCGUCAGAGUGAACAAGCUGGUGCCGGAGCUGCAGAAGAGGGGCCCGGACGGGGAGGACAAGACCGAUCGGAAGCUGUACCUGCACGGGAGGAUGGAGGGGCCGGACGGGCAGUUGGCCGUCGAGGCCACGGGGUUGUUUGUCGUGCCGAAGGGGGUCGAGGUGCAGCCUCUCGGUAAGAGGUUUUGA